AUGAAUCUCUUUUCAAUAUCGUUUAGUAUUUUCUGUCUAUUUCUAGUUUCAAAUGCACAAUAUGAUGCCGCCUUGAGAGUGCUGCCAUUUCUUUCCAAUCCUCUUCAUCUAACAUCAAGUUUGAAUCGGCAAUGUUUUGAAGAGACAAAAUUAUUCAUUGAUUCUCUGAAAGAAAUUGCAAAGGUUACAGCGGAUUGUCUGAAGUUUCGAAAUUGUACACUGAUUGAACUAACUUCAGUUCAAGAUAAUGUGUUUGCUCUUCAACAGCUUGAUGCAUUUGGAAAGCUACCACCAGAUAUUCUUGACAUCAAUACAUUUUUCGAAGGAUCUUAUGCUGAAUGCCAGAAAGUCAGCGGAAAAAAGUACACGACAAGCUACAGUUAUAUUGUUACUUACAUCGGAGACAAUGUUACAUGUGAUCCUAAAACCCAUGAGCACGUAACUCCUCGAUUCGCAGUUUGCAUGCCUUCAUCUUGCAGUGAAAGUGAUCUUGUUGAGAUUUUCAAUCAAAUUAUUUCAUUUCCAUUGACCACUUGCCAAGCAUUUAAAUCUGGUAUUAAAGUUGAAAAGAAAUGGGCAUUUUGGGCAUUUUCGGUGUUCAUGGCACUCAUAGUUUCUUUAGUUGUUUCUGCAACGUUUGUAGAUUAUUUUCGAGAAAAGGAAAUAGGAAUGUCUGCGGUGAACGAGCAUGCAUAUGUCCUUCGAUCCUUUCUCUCAUUUUCUCUUUGGAGCAACGCAGAACUUAUUUUGUCAGUAAAAGAGCACAAACCUCAUCAUAUUCGGUCUUUAGACUGUAUCCGUGCUCUAACAAUUCUCUGGAUUGUCUUCGCUCACACCUAUAAUUUUAAAUUUCCUUACAACAACGUUGGCAGCUCUACGGACUUUAUUGAGAAUCUGUCAAUUUCAAGACAGUUGGUUUUGAACUCUUAUUUCUCAAUAGACACAUUAUUUGUUCUGUCCGGAAUCACAGAGGCUUACAUAUUCUUUUGGAAUAAACCAAAAUACGGGACUAUUUUGAAACCUUGGACAUGGAUUUAUUACUAUGCUCAUAGGUACUUGCGGUCAGCGCCUGCUUUGAUGACGUUUAUCGGAUUUUUUACAAUUUAUGAAAAAUUCAUUCAAGGUCCAUUUAUGGCUUCUGAAAUGAAUGUUCUCACCAAAGAAGCUGAAAUUUGUGAGUCCAAUUGGUGGAAAAACGCAUUGUACAUCAAUAAUUUUGCCGGCGAUGAAAGUUGCUACCGUAUCACUUGGCUUCUGGCAGUUGACACUCAACUUUUCUUAAUUUCUCCAAUUAUUCUCAUCACAUUAUUUUUUACUAUAACAGGCGGAGUGAUUCUUAUAUUUGGUGGAUGCGUUCUCAGUGUCUUCGUUGAGUAUUUCUUAUUUGGAAUAUUCGAAUUACCGGCUGAUUUUAUUGGAAAUGGCCAUCACGAGCUCUUCCGAUCAGUAGUCUAUGAAAUGCCAUGGACAAGAGUUCCGUCUUUUUUCAUUGGAAUUUUUGUUGGUUACUUUCUGGCAACGUUCACAAAAACUCGAUUGAAGUUUCAUUGGAGUGUUACAAUUUUUGGAUGGGUUGUGGCUUCAGGAAUAGCUGUUUGGUGUCUCUGGGGUAAUUACUCAUAUGAUUCUGGAAAUCAUUGGAGUAUUUACCAAAGGGCUACUUACUUCAAACUUCUCCAAAGUUGGCUGGUCGUUUUUCGUUUCAUGGGUUAUCAUUGCCAACCAUUAUGGAUGGGGUGGACCAAUUUGUAGUUUUAUGUGUCAUCCAAUUUGGCAGCCAUUUGGAAGGUUAUCCUAUUGUGCUUACAUUGUUCAUCGAAUAGUCUUAUUUUGGUUUUUCAAUUUAGAUGGAAUUAAUCCCCAUGCAUAUUCGACAAUGCAAAUGUUUGUCUUCUAUUCUAUUCCUGGAACUCUACUCUCCUACGCUUUUGCAUUUUUCUGGAGCUCAUUAUUUGAAGUUCCCGUUGCAAAAAUUGAAAAGAUAUUCUUGAAACCCAUUUCGGUAUAUCGAGGAAAAUCGACUCAAGCGAUUGAAACAAUCCGUGUCAGACGAAGUGCAAUGAGUUGA